CGCUAUGUAUGCGUGUGCAUUAUGUGCGCGUUGAACGCGGCAUUUUCUUUGUCCCUCUCAGACACAGCACGUCCCUCCUAGCUGUGUGACACGACAGCCCGAUUUCGUCGACGGCGAGCGACCACACGACAACGCCCACGAAACCGACCAUGUCCAUCCCGGCGGCCUUGCUUAUGGAGGGCAGCCUCAAGGCGAUCAGCGUCAGUGAGACAUGUCCCACGCUCAGGCUGACCAGCCUUGAACCUGGAUCCGAGGUGCGCUUGAAGCAAGCGCUGGCUCGAAACACAAGUUUGGUCGCCCUCAUAAUUGAAACAGAAAGGCGGCUACCUGGGCUCGGAGCGGCGCUUGCUCACGCUCUGAUUUUCAACACCACACUUCAGACCCUCGACAUUACCGGUGCACACUGCGAAGGCAAGGCCGUUUCUCUGCUUGCUGAAACCCUCAAGAAGAACAGGAGCCUCACGUCUCUGCUGCUGAGAACCUGCGACUCAGAUGGACUGCUUGCGCUCGCGGACGCCCUCACGCAAAAUGAUACGCUCAGCACUUUGACACUCGGCGAAGGCAUCAUCAGCGAAGAGGCCGCACUCGCGUUUGCUCACACGAUACAGGCAAACAAGGCCCUGACCGUCCUCAGCCACAAUGUUUGUAUGACGGGAACCUUUCAUGGCACGGAUAACUUCUCCAGCCUUUCAAUCACUGUGACGACGGCCCAAAGCGCACACGCACUCAUACGUGCUUGUCAAAUGAAUGACUCCCUGGAGCAGCUCAUGCUAUCCACGAGCAUCUGUCACACUGCAAAACCAGGCGCGCUGGAGCAGCUUCUCAGGGACAACUCAACGCUGCAGCGCCUCGAGCUCGAUAGCGUUGAUUCGCGGGAGGCAAGUGCACUGGCCUCUGGACUGCGGAACAAUGAGGUGCUGGAAAAGCUUGUUAUCAAGAAGCAAGUGGGCGGCACGGACGGCAGCUGGGCACUCGCGCACAUUCUUGUCAACAACAUUGGACUCCAGACAUUUGUGCUGGGCCAUGACAACAGUGAGAACGGACAAUCUUGGCCGCUCGCGCGCGCACUGCGAACCAAUAGCACCCUCACCUCCCUCACGCUAUUUGGUCCAAUCUUAUCUGAUGCAGCUUGUGCACUGGCGGGUGCGCUUGCCAGUAACACUUCUCUCCGAUCGCUUGUGAUCCUUGAAAAUGAGCUGGACGAAGCAGGCGCAUGGACACUAGCCAACGCCAUCAAGAAGAACAAGUCGCUCCACAACGUUUCAUUGUCAAACGGAACUGUGGGCGACGCCGGCGCCAAAGCAUUUGCAGGGGUCAUUGCACACAACACGUCCCUGCAAUACCUCGACCUCAGCAAUAACGGCAUCAGCGGCGAAGGCAUUUUGGACAUUGUUCACGCUCUGGCAUGGAACACCCAGCUCAUCACCCUUGAUUUGACGGGGAAUGCAAAUGACCGAGCACUGGGCGAAGAAGCCGCCAAGAUGCUGUGUACCGUUCUGUUCGAUGGCGAAGCAAAGCUUGGAUACAACAUUCAACGAAUCACGCGCACUUCUUCCGUGCAACACCGCUCUUCGUCGUCCUCAAGCAGCGACGUCGGCUCCAUCAGCCGCGUGAGUGAACUGGAGACAAAACUUGACGCCAUCAAACGCGAACUGUUCCACAAAGAUGAAGAGAUCAACGCGCUGCGCAGGCAGUUGCGGCGAGAGAAGCGCAGAAGCAUGCCUCGAUAUGACGAGCGUGCCAACUGGAGGUCCCGCGAAGCGGAAGUUGAGGCACUGUUGCACUUGCGGAUGGACGUGUCGUUUGUGGACAACUGGCGCAGGGCAGAGGACAUGCGCCACCGUCCCAUCGUGGGUGCUGCGGGCAACCUGUUCAAGGGGACGUAUGCUGGCCAGAUGGUGGCCCUGAAGCAAGUGCUGUUAGAUCGCGCGCCGUCGCUGACAGCGCUGAUCCAAGGCAAGCACAGCAACCGCAACCACAGCCUGUUGCUCGAGGUGAAGAUCCUCCUCACCAUGCGGCACCCGCAUAUUGUUCCGUUCUUGGGCCUGUGCUACGACCAAGCGGACCCCGGCGUGGUGUACCUCAUGAUGACCUGGGCCAGCGGCGGAUCUCUGUACGAGUACCUGCACACCAGCAAGGCAGCGCCUUCCCGAGCAGAACGGAGUCGCAUGCUGAUGGAGAUGGCGAGCGCAAUGGAGUACUUGCAUGCACACGGCGUUGUGCACCGCGACUUCAAGUCGCCCAACGUCUUGCUUACGGCCAGCUUGUCCACGCAGAUUUGUGACUUUGGGCUGAGCAGCGUCAGCGAGCAGAGCUCGCACGUGUCUGCUCGCUUGGGUACGGAGCUCUGGGCCAGCCCCGAGCAGUUCGCCGGCGACCUCUUGACACGGGAGACCGAUGUGUUCUCCUUUGGCUGCGUCGCGUGGGAGAUGGUGUUUGGGCUCCGGCCCUGGCAUCACCUUGAGUUUAUGACGCAUCAGCGGCGUAUCAAGUACAUUGCCCACUGCUAUGAGCGCCACGUGUUCAUGGCCGUAGACAAGGAGAUCAACGGACGCACCGCCUCUCCGGAGAUGCAAGACAUCAUCUCGGGCUGCUUGCAGCCCAUUGGCCAGCGUUAUGACUUUGGGCAGCUGUACAAGGCGUUCUUGAUCCAGUGGGAGGCUGCGAAGCAAGGCGGGCCCGUGAACCUGGACUUGCACGAGGAGAUCCUGUUUGGCGCGGAUGACGCCGUGUGGAAGCUGAGCCAGGACGUGGUUGACCAGAUUGACACGCUUCUCGCGCCGCUACCUGAUGCACCGUCCACCCUUGUUGCUCCACUCAGGCUCUCGCUUGCCGAGCACCAGGAGCUCUUACAUCAGGUGCUGCGAAAGGCGCUGGCUGGGCCACGAUCCAUGGAUCCCGUCCUGAGCCGUCUCCGCGACGCUGCGUUGGUCAUUUCUCACGUGAAGAAUGCUGCGUUCAAUGGCGCAGUCAUGCGCAAUCGCAUCAUGGUGCGCUGCAAGUGCGACGGCCAACGGGAAGAUCUGCCCCGCCCAUUUCCGGUGCAAGACAUGGCGUCGGAGCACCACAGCUCGCCACAGGAGAUUGCGCUGCUCAGCUACGCAACGAUGCACCCGCACGCGCUGAACAGCCCGUACCACUUCCUCUGCGUCCCCUCCCCGAACGACGCGCUUCAUGUGAACUUGCGCAUCCAGCGCGCAUUUUGUGGGCUGCCGUCGUUCGAGGCGGCAGUGGCCAUUCUCAGUGGUGACAUGAGCCACCUAGUGCCAAAAGAUGGUGGCUGGAUGGGCCACGGGUUCUACGUGACACCUGACUUAGACUUUGCUCUGGAGUCGGCCGUGCCCAUCGCUGUGAAGGACAGAGACCUGCCGCGUACUCUGGAGAGGUGGCGGCUGUCCCGCUUCCCCUGCUGCCAACUGGUGCUGCUGUGCGAUGUGGUGUACACCAACCCCUUCCCGAUGCUGUCGGAGGCGCAAGUUGACGGGGAGAAGCUGAUGCCUGGACACGACGCCCACGUUGCUGUGGUAAACAUGGCGACCAAACCGGCCAGCAACGCUCGGCCUUUCGCGUCGGUUGAGGAUUGGCAAGCCGAGGGCGGUUGUCCGGCUGUGCAGCUCGUGUUGCAUGACGGCGCUUCCGUUCUCCCGCACGCUCUGCUUGUGUUUGAACCAGGUCCUUGACAUCAGUAUCAGACGAGACUGUCAAUAGAUGUGUAUGUUGUGUGUGUAUGUGUGCACGUGUGUGUUCGUGUGUGUUCUGGGGAGGGUAAGGGCGAACGGAGAGAGCGAGCGGACUCGUGAGUGUUCUUGCUGUGUGUAGAUGUGGA